GGCAGCAGCCAGCCUCUGCUGUGCCCACAUGACCCGCAACUCUGGCAGCGGCCCCGGCACUUGCAACAUGAUUAAAUAAUCAGCGAGCGGCUCCGACUCGGUGCCCGGAUCUCCCUCCGGACCCAUGGACACCUUGUAGGAGUUUGGCGCGUCGGAGACCCGGGGAGGCGACGGUCCAUUCCAAGGUGUCUCAGUUAAGACUUGAAUCUGAACACGUUGUCACCCUUCAAGGAUCCUGGUACCAGCAUUUCAUCUACAGACCUAUAUUCAUCUAAUAUCUGUUUCCAGAGUGUGCAACAGAGAGAAAUAAGAUUUAGCAGUACCUGCAUGAAGUUCUUGAAGAGUCUUUAUAUGCCAUAGUCAACUGCAAUUUCAAAGAAGAGAAAAUAGAUGAUUCUGAAAAGUUUAUGCUGUUCCUUCACUGAAUUUUAGAAUGAUUGAAGAUAGUGGGAAAAAAGGAAAUACCAUGGCAGAAAGAAGACAGCUAUUUGCAGAGAUGAGGGCUCAAGAUCUGGAUCGUAUCCGAUUAUCUACCUACAGAACAGCAUGCAAACUUAGAUUUGUUCAGAAGAAAUGCAAUUUGCACCUGGUGGACAUUUGGAACGUCAUAGAAGCAUUGCGGGAAAAUGCACUGAACAACCUGGAUCCAAACAUAGAACUUAAUGUGGCCCGCCUCGAGGCUGUGCUCUCCACCAUUUUUUACCAGCUCAACAAACGGAUGCCAACCACUCACCAAAUCCAUGUGGAGCAGUCCAUCAGCCUCCUGCUCAACUUCCUGCUGGCUGCCUUUGACCCGGAAGGCCAUGGUAAAAUUUCAGUAUUUGCUGUCAAAAUGGCUUUAGCCACGUUGUGUGGAGGGAAGAUCAUGGACAAAUUAAGAUAUAUUUUCUCAAUGAUUUCUGACUCCAGUGGAGUGAUGGUUUAUGGGAGAUAUGAUCAGUUCCUGCGAGAAGUCCUCAAAUUACCCACAGCAGUUUUUGAAGGUCCCUCAUUUGGUUACACAGAACAGUCAGCUAGAUCUUGUUUCUCUCAACAGAAAAAAGUGACAUUAAAUGGUUUCUUGGACACGCUCAUGUCAGAUCCUCCGCCUCAGUGUCUGGUUUGGCUGCCCCUUCUUCAUCGAUUGGCAAAUGUAGAAAAUGUCUUCCAUCCAGUUGAGUGUUCCUACUGCCACAGUGAAAGUAUGAUGGGAUUUCGCUACCGAUGCCAGCAGUGUCACAAUUACCAGCUCUGUCAGGACUGCUUUUGGAGGGGCCAUGCUGGCGGUUCCCAUAGCAACCAGCACCAAAUGAAAGAGUACACAUCAUGGAAAUCACCUGCUAAGAAGCUAACGAAUGCAUUAAGCAAGUCUCUGAGCUGUGCUUCCAGCCGUGAACCUUUGCACCCCAUGUUCCCUGACCAGCCUGAAAAGCCACUCAACUUGGCCCACAUUGUGCCACCCAGACCAGUAACCAGCAUGAAUGAUACCUUAUUCUCCCACUCUGUACCCUCCUCAGGAAGUCCUUUUAUUACCAGGAGUAUGCUUGAGAGUUCAAACCGGCUUGAUGAAGAGCACAGGCUGAUUGCCAGAUAUGCAGCAAGACUGGCAGCAGAGUCCACUUCUUCUCAGCCAACCCAGCAGAGAAGUGCGCCUGACAUCUCCUUCACCAUCGAUGCAAAUAAACAGCAAAGGCAGCUGAUCGCAGAACUAGAAAACAAGAACAGAGAAAUUUUGCAGGAGAUCCAGAGACUACGGUUGGAACAUGAACAAGCAUCUCAGCCUACUCCAGAGAAGGCUCAACAAAACCCCACUCUGCUGGCUGAACUCCGCCUCCUCAGACAGCGCAAGGAUGAGCUGGAACAGAGGAUGUCUGCUCUCCAGGAGAGCCGGCGAGAGCUAAUGGUUCAGCUAGAGGGUCUCAUGAAGCUUCUAAAGACGCAGGGGGCAGGCUCUCCUCGCUCCUCCCCCAGCCACACCAUCAGCAGGCCCAUCCCCAUGCCUGUCCGGUCAGCAUCAGCCUGCUCCACUCCGACUCACACACCUCAGGAUUCUCUCACAGGGGUCGGGGGAGAUGUGCAAGAGGCAUUUGCACAAAGUUCAAGAAGAAAUUUAAGGAAUGACUUACUAGUGGCAGCAGAUUCCAUCACUAAUACCAUGUCCUCCCUUGUUAAAGAGCUGAAUUCAGAGGUGGGGAGUGAAACUGAGAGCAAUGUGGAUUCUGAAUUUGCACAGACUCAGUUUGAGGAACUCGUUCCCUCACCAACCUCUGAAAAGGCAUUUCUAGCCCAAAUCCAUGCCCGAAAACAUGGAGGAGCUACCCCGAGUACCAUACGCAGUGAUAUGGUUACAGAAGAUGGGGACCCCUACGUGCGGCCUGAAGAUGAGAACUAUGAAGAUGAUUCAGUCCGGCAGCUAGAGAAUGAGCUUCAAAUGGAAGAAUACCUGAAACAGAAACUGCAGGACGAAGCCUACCAGGUCAGCUUGCAAGGUUGAAUACAAUAUCCUUAAACACUCUCCUCUCAAGCAAGCUAUAGUCAGACAGAUGAUGAAAGUAACAUGAAAACUGAUGAUGAAGGAAAGCGCUGUACUCACCCACACAAAGGAGAAGACAGCAGCCUGGCAACAACCUCAUCGAAGAGAGAAACCACCACCAUAAACAGCCGCUCCCGACAGACCCCCACCCCUAAGAUGUAUUCUGCCGACUAUAGUGCAGCUAACUUAUUUGUUUUAAGAUCUGUAGUUCGUAGAUGUGUGUCUGAAGAAGAAAAACAAAAAGAUUUCUGUUCGAUGCUAAUGUAGCUACAUCUUCUGUAACAUCACUUACCCCUGGUUAAAAUAAAGCAGGCUGAAAGACAGCUGCCUUUUCUCAUGAUGGCAGCGUUAACAAGCAUCUCAAACCUUUGCACAUGAUAUUGAGCCUGUUCAGUUUACAAUGACACUAUUAAUAACUGUUUAUAGUUAGAAAUUUGAUUUCUGGGUUCUUUGAGAUUUUAGCAAAACUGUUUAUUAUACACUGUACAUUUUUUCCCAUGCAAUUGGAAAAAAAAAAAAAAACCACUGACAGAUAGUGACUAUAACCCUUAAGGAUUUGGUUCCUGAGUAGACAGACUUGGAGCCUGAAAGUCAAGAAAGUCCUUGGUCCACAUGACUUACUGUUGUCUCCAAUUUCUGUAAGUGCGAACUAGAGCCGAUCACAACAGGAAAAUCCAGACUCGGGGCCUCUUUCCAACCUGGGGUUGUUUUCUUUCAAAAUACUCUGAUGAAUCAGCCAUAGAACUUAGUGUAAAUAUUUUUUCCAAAUAGAUCUCAUGUUCAAAAGAAAAAAAAGGCAACAUUCAAAUUAUAUAGAAUCUAGUUUUUAAAAUCAACACAGAUCUUCUUAAAAACUGUGAACUAUGUUUUGAAAUACUCGUUACUAAAGCUGUUUAUAAACCACAGGUGCCAUAAGAUCCACAAUGGACUAAAGUUCUUCACACCUUUCCAUAGUCUUGUUCCUCUCGUUGUAGCUUUAGGAGCAUGUUUCUAACCGCACUGCUCAUUCACAAGUUCCCUUAUCAGGUUGUUUGGAGGCCUUCAGCUUUAAAUGUACAGGCUUAAAGUGCGCUUGCAAACAUUCACUCUCCUUUCCUUUCUGAAUAUGUAUUGCCUUAGCUGGCUAACUGGUGUUCUGCAUGCAGCCUUCUGUGGUCAUGUGAGAGGAAAUAGAGACAAGCUAGGAUACUGCACUCAGUGAGAAGCUGAUGUGCGCAAGAUCUGUCCAAGAUGGGAGAAUGAAAAACACUGCGGGGGGGUCUUUUCUGAGGGCCCUUUGGGGGAGCACAGAAGACCUCCCUUGGGGAUCUUUGCAAAAUUGAAGCUAAUUAUCUUUCCCUUGUUUCAAGAGUUGAUCCCAUGAAAAACUUGCAACUUAUUGGGUACAGUACCCUAGUAAAUCCACAGCUUCUCUGGAAUUCCUUUUUCCUUUAAAAGAAGAGAACAUUGAUUUAGAACACCAGUGCUCUAAGGUGUUCCUUGCACCAGCAUCACACCCAUAGCCUGGAAAUUAGUUAGAAAUAAACACUACGCCCCAAUCUAGAGUCUACACAAUCAUAAACUCUGCCCUGAAUCUGUGUUUUAAUAAGCCCUCCAGGUGAUUCUAAUACAUACUAAAGGCUGAGAAACACUGCUAUAGAAUAAAGUUGCAACAUAAAAUCUUUGCAAUCUGAGUCAACCUCAAAGCUUUUGCAACUCAAUUCUACUUUCAGGGCUGGCAGACAUCUCCUACUCCCCUAUUCCAUAGCUGGUAGGUGUCCAGCUGAGAGCAGACCUCUGGGCAUUUUCGGUCUUCCUCAUCAGAGGGCUUCAAGAUGUCCUUGGCUCUAGAGUUGGUCACACAACCAUCUCCUUAGCUGCUUUUUAGGAUAAACUUGCUUUCCAGAGAGCUGUACAGCUCUUGGUUGGCAAUAGUAAGGAACUUAUUCCAUCCAUGGUUGGCAUUAGUAAGGAACCCAUUCCACCCAUGGAUGGAUUUCAUCCUAUUCCCCUCCAGAGAACCAGCCUGGCAAAUGCCCUAGAGAACAGGCUGAUACCAAAGUGGCACAAAUGCACAGUUCUCAGAUUUAUUUGCACAGAUAAAUAUUAUUGCGGGUUUUGUUGGUCAAGCUUAAUGUUUAUCUCUUUUCCACUGCCCAUCCUCUGUUGAAGCUGCUCAUCUCUACAUGGAGCAGGUGGCCACUUGUGCCUCAUACUCAAUACUUAAAACUACUACAUCCCAGCUACCUACAUUGCUGUCAGCUCCAAAUCAUAGCCAGCUGUUCUUCAACUCUGGCCCUGUGGCAAUUGACCACGAACUGGAAGGAGCUGAUCUAUAUUGUCAUGUUGUCUUUCUACAUAAAGUUGUUCGUCAAAGGUUUGAACUGUUUUACUGAUAAUCUUCCCCUUGUCAUAGCUUUCAUUGACAACUUCAUCACAAGUUGUCAAGUCCAUCCUACAAAGCCACUGCAAGGACUCUGGAAAUUACUGCCAAUGACCAAUUCCUGACUAACCAGCCACCUUUUCUUUCUCUUAGCUCCACGUCAGCAAUGAGACCAGACUCAAGCACCCCUGUCCUGUAACCGAGACAAAAUGGCGUGUAUUGUUUUGGGGUUUUGUAUUUUUGGGUGGAUUUCUUUCUUUGAUUCUCCAAAUUUACUUUUGGAGCCUGUCCUAAGUGCAAACCCAGCAGGUUUCAACAGUCCUUUUCGUUAGAUAACAAUUAUAUCUCACAGGGGAUGUUUACUUUUUAUUUCACAAUGAAUUACACACCCAUCUCCAUUAGAAAUGAUGGCCUAUUAUUGAGCACUGGUCUAACACAAAACACCCUCUUCCCCCACAGAACCAUGUCAAUGGAGGGAGGAAACAGGGUGAACCCUACUGUAUGGGAUUCAGGAAUAAAUUGUGUGGUUGGUCUAGAUGGAAAUCGGGGUAAGUUUGAUUGGUCAGAGGGAGAUGUGUUGGAGAUUGUGGGAAAAAAAUGGAUUCUCAAAUGAUCUACUUUAAGGCAGGGAAGGUUCAUUUGUAAGUAGUAAUGUGAACUUGAAUUGCAUAAGAGUGUGGCCUUUGUUGUGAUAUACUCUGUAUUUUCUAAUAUGCAUGAGCCAAAGUGUUGCAUCAUAAAUUAGCACUGAUGUCUACUUUUAUUUUGAUCAUCUUUGUCCACCCUUAUUAGUUCUUGGCUGUUAACUGUAGAUAGCCCUUGUAAAUAUAGCAACCUUUGAUUGCUGCAAUCACUUUGGUUGAUUUCAUACAAGGAGCCACAAACAAAAACUCCACUGUGUCCUCAGAAAAUAGGGUGUUUUUACUUUUGAACCUAAAAGAGUGAAAAAAAAAUAGAAGCAUUACAUCUUAAGGCUAAUUAACUGUAAGGCAUUUUUAAUUAUGACUACUGUAAUUUGACAUCAUUGAAAUAACCAAUUCAGAGACACUAAAAAUUUCACAAUAUUCAUUGGUAUUGUAAUAAGACUACUAUUGUAUGGAUUUUUUUUGUAAUGCUGUUAAGUAUUGUUUUGUGUGUGUGUGUGUGUGUUGGAACCUCCUGGGGACAUGUUAUAUUUUGAAGUGAUUAAACUAUUUAAUUGUGUGUCUAUAUUUUGGAAUGAAAUUAUUUCUUCAUUAAAAAAUGUUUUUUAAAAUGCUA